AUGACGGCCAACGAUUACUACAACGGCUUUCGACCACAGACUACCCACAGUCAACCCCCUUCCUACCAUGACAGCGACUACUACCAUCAAGCGCCAGAGAAUUCACCGCAACUACAUCCCUUUUCCUCCGCCGCGCAGCAAAGCCCCUAUAGUCCACAAUACGAGGACUACAGUCACCAACCUCAAUAUAGUCAGAAUUCCUUGGCCGACGAUAAUGGGUUUGUGGGCGGCAGAAAUCAUCCAGCUGACCAGUACGGAGAAGACAUUCCAUUAAAACCAAAUGCCCAAGCGGCUCAAGCCCGAGAUUCCCGCUGGGUGAACGAGAAUACCCAUUAUGAUGCAGGGAUGCCAAUGGAUCCGGUGAUGGGCUCAAGACGAAAACGACGACGCCCUAAAAAGCAAGGUUAUUUCGGCACCAAGAUACCAUGGGUGACAUGGUUGUUAACCGCUGUUGACAUCGGUGUCUUUAUUGGAGAGUUAAUAUACAGUGGUAGGCUUAUAGCGGUACCAACAGCCCUUGAGUGUAUCCGACUAAUUGGUUUCUCUGAAGCACAACUCACAGGAAGUCCCAUUGAAAUCCAUCCGAGCUUCAACCCCAUGGUCGGACCUUCUGCUUAUGUGCAGAUCAAUAUGGGUUCCCGGUUUGUCUCGUGCAUGAAGAAUAUUCCUGGGGUCCAGGAUGCAAAUACAACGAUCAAUUGGCCGUGUCCCAACACGACCACAUCGGAUUCCAGCGCUUCCAGCAACCACUGCACUCUGUCUGAACUAUGCGGUUUUGGCGGUGUGCCUAAUCCCAAGCCACACGGCUCGUUGAGUGAUCAACCAGAGCCGGACCAGUGGUUUCGCUUCAUAAUACCAAUGUUUUUGCACGCUGGAAUCAUUCACAUCGGUUUCAACAUGCUGAUGCAGAUGACCGUCGGAGCCGAAAUGGAGAGAAUGAUUGGAUGGUGGCGUUAUGCAUUGGUCUACUUCGCAAGCGGGAUUUUUGGAUUCGUAAUGGGUGGAAACUAUGCCGCGCAGGGCAUCUCAUCGACUGGUGCUUCAGGGAGUUUGUUUGGAUUAGUCGCGCUGAACCUUCUCGAUCUGCUCUAUACUUGGAGAGAGCGUCGGAGUCCUUGGGUUGACUUGAUCUUCCUUGUAAUUGAAAUUGCCGUAUCUUUCGUGUUGGGACUUCUGCCGGGUCUCGACAAUUUCUCGCACAUUGGUGGCUUCAUUAUGGGCCUGGCCAUGGGUCUCUGUAUGAUGCGGUCCCCAAAUUACAUUCGCGAACGAAUUGGUCUACAGCGCAGGCCGUACGUGGUUAUGAGCGGCGGUGCCGGACCUUCUCCUGAAGAUAAUGGUAACCAAGACGGCAUCAACAAUGUUAACAAUACUCUUGAUGACAAUAGCAAACCACGCCGCUCAAAAUCAGCCCGUCGUGUUCUGAAUUUCUUUCAAGGAAGGAAGCCACUUUGGUGGGCCUGGUGGCUAGUUCGAGCUGGAGCCCUCGUGGCAGUUAUCAUUGGAUUUAUCCUGCUGUUGACAGAUUUCUACAAAUAUCCAAAGUCGAAUUGCUCGUGGUGCUACCGACUAAGUUGCUUGCCCAUCAAGAAUUGGUGCAGCGUCGGCAACCUGGACUUGACUGAAACUUCAUCUUGA